CCUAAGAUCCCCGCCCUUGUGCAGAGCGGCUGCGGGGAGGGGAGUCCGUGCCACGUCUGCGAGGACCGGGAGCCGUGAACUUGGCCGCGCGCAGUUAAGCGCCAUCCUCGGAGUCAGAGCCGGCGCCGAGUUCAUGUAGCCCCCGCCCCCGCCCCCGCCCCCGCAGCGGCUCGCUUUGUGGCCGGGCCACCAUGAGAGCGGUCCUGUGGUCAGCCCUGCUGGCCGCCCUGCUGGCCCCUGCCCGGGCCGCGCUGAUCCCGGAGCCCGAGGUGAAGAUCGAGGUGCUCCAGAAGCCUUUCAUCUGCCACCGGAAAACCAAAGGCGGCGACAUGAUGCUGGUGCAUUACGAAGGCUACUUGGAGAGAGACGGAACCUUGUUCCACUCCACCCACAAACAUAACAAUGGCCAGCCCAUCUGGUUCACCCUUGGCAUCCUGGAGGCUCUCAAAGGUUGGGACCGAGGUCUGAAGGGCAUGUGUGUGGGGGAGAAAAGGAAGCUCACCAUCCCCCCUGCCCUUGGCUAUGGAAAAGAAGGGAAAGGUAAAAUUCCCCCUGAGAGCACACUGAUAUUCAACAUCGAUCUCCUGGAAAUUCGAAAUGGACCGAGAUCCCAUGAGUCAUUCCAAGAGAUGGAUCUUGAUGAUGACUGGAAACUGUCUAAGCAAGAGGUUAAAGUCUAUUUGAAGAAGGAGUUUGAAAAGCAUGGGGCAGUGGUCAACGAGAGUCACCACGAUGACCUGGUAGAAGACAUCUUUGACAAAGAAGAUGAAGAUAAAGACGGGUUUAUAUCCGCCAGAGAGUUUACAUACAAGCACGAUGAGCUGUGAACACCCCGUGCAGGGCACGGCCCAUGGAGGGUUGAGUCUUUGAGCCUUAUUUUCUAACUUUGAAUUGGUAUUUAUUCAUAGGAAAGAAGUGAUUGUCUCCUGCUGUGGGUCUUUGACUCUUACAAGAAAUCACUGGAGCGGGGUUGCUGACGGCCCCUUCUCCCUAAUGAGCUGUGAACCCAGGGAAGAGGAGCACUUGGAGCCAACCUUCCGAUCCAGUCCUCCCAUUUUGCUGAUGAGGACGCGGACAUUCUUAAAAGGGACACCUUAUGUCCGAGGUCACCUGGGGCCUCUGCGUCUGACUCCCGGCUUUCCCAGCACACCCCAAUCCCUUAUAUUUGAGCCUCUCAUUCUCAUGCCUGCAGCCUGACAUUUAACUAGCUUGCUCAUAAUUUUAAAAUAUGGCGGCUGUAA